UGGCACAGUGCUACCAUUUCAUAGCUCGAAAAUCCCACUAGACUUUAGAUGCUGGAAGUUUAAAGAUGUCUGUGCGUAGUGAAGGUUGUAUUGUGCGGGUGUGAAUAAAAAUACUCAAUAAUGUGGGACGAAUAUGUUAAGCGUGUAAUUAUAUUACACAGCCAGAUAUUUGAUGUACAUAUUAUUUUCACAUCAUGUUCUCAAAAAUCGUCGCGUAAUUUUUGUUUUCUAUCCAAACAAUAUUGAUUACAUUAGAAUUAUUUCCGCGUAUUACGUUACCAAACACGAGUGGGUUGCAAAAUUUAAAGCGUUUGGUAACCUUACAAUCCUACUCCUAAAGAAUGUCGACAUGAGUGAAACGAAAAUAGUAAGCUCUUCAUUGGUAAUUCGCAGUGAGGUGCAAGCUGUUGACUGUGAUAAUUCUGCUGGUGCCUGAGAAAUUUUAUAUAGAAAGGAGGUGUAACACUAACUACAUGCAGUUAUGAAGAUGAGAAAAAUUAUGAUAACAAGCAUGGCUGUGAUCAACUGCUACCGCAAGAAGCGGUGCCUGCUCCUUCUGACGAUCUUGUGGGGGGCCGCGAUUCUGUCGCUGUUCCACGCGUACAGCCAGCACAUGGAGGAGGAGAGCAAGUCCUUCGGCUACUACAUCAAGAGCCGGCUGCUGCUGCAGAAGCUGAUCGACAGCCACACGCCGGUGCCCGACGCCAAAGUGACCAACGCGUCGCCCCUGGAGGAGCUGCUGACGCUCGAGCCCAGGGUGGACAGGUCGGCGCCGAUGAGCGAGGAACAGGUGGUCGAGGAGAUACAGCGCAAGCUCCCGAGCCUGCCCAUCGCCUACUGGAACCGCAACAAGAACAAGGCCAUGCACUACAAGAACAGCAGCUGCGCGCGCCUGCCGAGUGUCUUCGAGCUGGAGUACAACAACGUCUACUGGCAGACCCUGCGCACGUCCAACGGCACGUUCCAGCUGUUCGGGGCGUACUACGACGUGCGCAGGCUCAGCCGGAUCGGCCCCGCGCUGCGCAUCCUCGGCAUGAUCGACCGCAUCGAGCCGGCCGUCAAGACCUACUGCCAGAUCUGGUUCGACAACGUCAAAGAGCCGGCGCUCGUCAAGACGAUGGAGUACAAGUACAUCUGGCACAAGAAGUGGGGGAACUACAAGCAGGGCAUAUACCAGCCGUACCUGAUAGCGUGCCAGAUACCCGCGAAGUACCACAAGCUGGUCCCCAAGACGGUGUCCGUCGUCGAGAAGCCGUGCGACAUCGCGACGAACAACCUCCGGGUGAUAUACGACCGCCCGAGCGAAAAGAAGGACUUCGCGGUCUGCGUGAAGGGCCUUGACUUCCUCCACGAAGACAUCUCCGUCCGCCUGGUGGAGUGGAUCGAGCUCCUGGGAGUCCUGGGCGCCGACAAGAUCUUCUUCUACCAGCUGCAGGUCCACCCGAACGUCAGCAAGGUGCUGUCGUACUACGAGGAGCGCGGCCGGGUCAAGGUGACGCCCCUGACACUUCCCGGCGGCCAGCCCAACCUGCCCAACUUCCAGCACAUAUUCCUCAUCAAGAAGGUGAACCACAAGCGGCAGAACGAGCUCAUCCCGUACAACGACUGCCUGUACAAGAACCUGUACAGCUACAAGUUCAUCGCGCUGCUGGACACGGACGAGGUCAUCAUGCCGCUGAAGACGUCCUCGUGGCGGGAGCUGAUGAACGACGUCCUGCCCAAGGCGCUCGCCGUGCGGAACGACACCAGCGCGUCGUACAACGUGCGGAACGUGUACUUCCUGGACGACCUCCUGCACGAGCACGGCUGGUUCAAGAACAUCCCGCGCUACCUGCACAUGCUGCAGCACGUGUACCGGAGCAAGAACUUCACCAAGCCCAACCAGUACGUCAAGUGCUUCCACAACCCGGAGCGCGCCCUCACCUUGCACAACCACUUCCCGCUGGCCUGCCUCGCGUCGGGCUGCACCUCCUACGCCGUCGACACGGCCGACGCCCAGCUCCAGCACUACCGCGCCGACUGCGUGCGCACCUUGAAGAAGACGUGCGUGGAGUACCGCAAGAACAGCGUCAUCGACACAACCGUGUGGAAGUUCAAGGACAGCCUCAUCGCCAGGACCGCCAAGAGCCUCAAAGAGCUGGGGUUCUUCGGCUCGUAAUCCGCGCGAGCGGCGGGUUGCAGAAGGGCUGGCGAUCGUUAGUGAAAGCACAACCAUCUAAAUUUUGUGAAAAUCAAGACGAAAACAAAAAUUCUUCAUCAAGGUUCACUUCUCAGUCAAAAUUUUUUUUUCUAAUUUCUAAAAUGUGUCUUGUUCUUUUAGAGUUAAAACGGAAGGUAAUACUUAUUUAAGUUAUACUUUUUAUGUUAUGCGUUUUAAAUAGUAAUUAAUGUUUAAGAAAAUUACGUGCCUCAAUUCUGAUUCUUAGAGAAAAAGGAAGUUUGCAUAUGAACUGAGGAAAAAAAAAUAUUAUUUUCUGGCUCUCAAAAAUUAAUUCUUCUAUGCCACUUUAACUGACAGCGGUUCAUAUCGAGAUAAAAGGUUUUUUGUGUUUUGAUUUUCACAAUAAUGAAUAACGAUGCUGAAAAUUUGCGCAACCCAGUGGAGCAUCAGCACGGGACUGCUUCGUGUUCUGACAGGUUGAAGGAGUUCUGGCUGAAGAUAAGGCGGUGUCUCCCUCACUUCUGGUGCGCUGAGCUACCCGUUGCGAACUGCCGAGAGUACGGUAGGUGGUUUCUCAAACAAUCAACUCAUGCUCAAGUAAUUUUAAAAGUCAAAUUAUUUCCUCGUCCUUUUGUGAUGGGUAAAAAGUCGUAGCCAAAGGUUCCAAAUGGAAAUUACUUAAUUCUGCAUGAGGGUUCAUGCGCUUUACAUCCUCUUGCAAUUUUGUGACUUAAAAAAGACUUUGUACUGACUUUGUAUUACUGUUGGUUGUAAAGUUUAUAUACUUAUAUAUAUAUAUAUAUAUUUUAUAGUGGUUUUUAUAUACUCCAGUUUACAGUAAGAUUCAAGGUAAGUGUAGUUUGAUGUCCUUUUAGACCUCACAAGAUCUGAUUGAAGGCUGUUACCAAACUCUAAAACUGUAAAUCACUGUUUUCACUGGAUUGUAAUUAGCAAUCACAUUUAACAUCACUACCAGAGAUAAAACUGCCACUGGUUUUAGUAGUCUGUUUCUCAAAGUUAGUUUCCCCUACUGUCAUUUGCGUUUGCCACUAAAGGAAUAAUGGGACCAAAUAAUUGACAUAUUGCCAAUAAAACGUAGUAAAGGCAUCACAACAAUCUUACUGUGCACAGGAAAUGACUUAGUAAGCCAAAUAUGAUAUAUUGUUAAAAAAUAAUGUGUGUAGGGAACAUUUGAAAAUGUAUCAGUUGAUGUAAUGAAUGUGUUAGAUUGGUAGCCUUGCUUUUCCGGUGUCCUUUUUUUUUUUUUUUUACGAAGGCGGAGGUAAAACACAGGCAACUAAUUAGUACUUUGGCCUCUUUUUUAUUUCACCAAGGUGAUGAAUCUCGUUGGCUUUAAGAAAUCUCGUACGAAAACAACCUCACGAUUUGUUUGAAUAAAAAAGAAGCAGCAGACUGAAAAACAAAUCACGCAGGGUCUAAGUUACAAAUAUCAGUAAAAUGGCAAAAAGCCUGAAGGCUACAAACUAAUUUUGUUAUUCUGUCGCAGUCUUUGCUUAGCGCCUGGUAUGAAAUGGUUGAUCACCCUUCACCUCUCAAUUACUACAAAGCGUGUUUUUUUUUUUUUUUUUUUUUUUUGUUUUCUCGGCCAUAAGGGUGCAUAA